AUGAAUAUGAUGGGGGCCUCCUCAACCGUUUCGAACAUCUUGUACAGUUAUUUUAAUAUUAAAAGGAGUAAACUGAUUUGGACUGGAUCGCUCGAAACUCUGAAAGUGUUUGUCCUCACAGAGAUUGACGAAGAAACUGCCGAAACAACUACAUGGCGCUCGCCCAGUGGCGGUAAAUGGCUAUUUGACAGCAAGUUGUUAUCAGUUACUUGGCUAACAAAAAGCCAGAAUAUUUAUUUCGACGGUGAGAAGGGCAGUGACGUGAUGGAACGAAUACAUUCAUUUUUAAAGCAAGACCCGGACAAUGCUUCAGAAAUCGCUAAUCCUGCUGAACUUCAUCUAGAACGGUUGAUUGAAAGUUUGCUAGCUGACGAUUCUGACGAUGUCACAGAUGAUACUUUUGAAGAAUCGUUCAGUGAUCAAUGUGAUAUUGCAAAAGAAUUGAAAAACCAAGAGGAAAAACAAGCCAGUAUAGAUUCCGAAACCAGUCAAAGCAUGAUGAAUCGAACACGAAGUCAAAAAAUUUGCAUGAAGAGUCCAUCGGUCUAUAUACAGUGACAAAGUCUGGCAAUCUGCAAACAAAAUCAACAAAUAGGCAUAAUCCCUUGGGAAGUAGUGCCAGCUGUAAUCGCGACUCCGCUGAGAUUAGUCGACUGAAUUCGAAACUUGACAGAUUUUCUGAAAACAUGACAAACAAAUUACAAAAUCUCAGCGUCGAGAUAAACAACAUUAACUCAUUAACGCCCGUAUGCGCCCUGAGAUUGACAAGUGGGUAACGGACAAUGCGCCCUCAAAUGACACCUCAACUUGCGGGUAUGAUAUUUGAGCACGUGUUUAUCGGGUUGCCUAGCAACGGAUACGAAAAUAGAACGUGAAAUUCGAGCUUUUCAACGGUGUAUCAUGCAAGAAAAUUGGUCAGAAACUCGCAAAGUUUUUCAAGUUUAAAACCUUAGUUUUUCAAAAAUAAUGAAUAAUGGAGAUAUUGUUGCAAAGAAGGAUUCUACAGCAAGUUUUCAAAGCAAAAAAAGAAGAGGUUUUCGGAUGAUAUACAACGAAAAUUUGGCAUGAAAGGAAAGCGAAUGUAUUGACGUUUUGGGCCAAGUUUUUCUGUGAACCUUGCGCGAAAUUUUCAGCCAAAAAGAUGAGGAUUUCUCCAAACUUUAUUAAAAAUAGAAGUCGAAAAUCACAAGAAAGAUGGACACGGAACACAAGUGAGCAGAUACGAUUUUUUAAAGGGUAUUUUUGAGUAGAAAUAUGCGAUCAAAUACUCACAAAAUUCGACUGCAUUAAUGUUGGUUGAAUCUAGUUUAAAGUUAUCUUUUUGGACGAACUGUUUAUGCAAAUUUGGACAUAAUUUCGACUAUUUUCGUGACCCCAUUGUUGGUCUUCGUGUUCAAGUUGUUAUUUUAGCUAAAGUAUGUUUCAAAUGACACCAGAUUGUGCGUACGUGACCUUUUUUGACCUUUUUGGCAAGAAUACUUCGAGUAUUAAAUUACACUAAAUAAGUAGGGAUAUUCCAAAGUCACUGUUAUAUCUAUUUUCAUCAAUUUAGUGUUAAAAUGACAACUCGUUUCAGACAUAUUGUGGUUUAAAAUAAGUGUAUUGAAUGAACACGCUUGCUUGCCACGUGUGAAUUCUCAAAAAGUCCGCACUUGAGUUGUAAAGCUUUCAAAAAUGCUUUUUUACUGGUUUUUAUAUCCCCUAUAAAACUUUAAAUCGAUAAAGCAGAUAAUAAUGUUGAUGAAACAUCAUUUUCUAGUAACUACACAUUGAAUCAGAAGAAAAAGUUAUCAAAAUAGGUCGCGAUGGUUGUUUGGCAAAAUGUCGCUUCUCUCUGAAAUGGCUUCCUUUGCGGGAAGCCAUGAAAUUGAAGUCCUAACAAAAACUAAGCUUAGCAGUUCUUUUGGGCCCAUUGCUCACUUAUUUAUCAUGAAAUCGCUUCACUAGAACAUUUUUAAUAAUGUCUAUGGAAAACUUUGUAAUUUUCUGAACUAAAAGUUUAUGGUUUCGAGGUGUUUAUUUUAUAAAAUAGCACGCGCGACAAAAUGGCACUUUUGUGGUUUCUCACAUCUGACAAACAACCAAAGAUGAAAGUCCUUAUUUCACCUUUUUAUAGCUAUGUGGAAUACCUGAAUAUUAGGUUAUCUUUUUCAUGUGAGUAUAUAGAUAACAUUUCUACACAAUAGUCCUUAUGAAGGCUUAUUUCAAACUAAAAAAAAGCGAUUGUUUUUCAGAGCCAGACUUCAAAAGAGAACGCGUGUCUGACAUUUUAUAGCAGCCUACAUUGGCGCGCAAAAUAAUUUUGGCUAAAAACCGUUGCUUUUCCAACAAAAACAUGAGAAAAUUGAGCUAAAAGUCUUACCUGAUGUAUGUUUAAAAUGUUUUUCUUUUUAUGGUGUUUUUCAGUGCUUUGAGUAGAGAGGUUAAUAGCUUUUGGUUUUGUCACCACAAUUUGCCUUUGAAAAUGUCGGCUGUCAUUGUCUGUGUUAAAAACACCUCAGAAAAUUCCUAUUUUCUCACCUUCCCAUCCUUGGUUUAUAUUGAAAAUAAAUAGAUUCUAGUACCAUUAAAGAGAACAAACCCUACUCUAUUUUGGUUUUAGAAAACGUAGUCAAUGAUCUAAAGGAAGAUAAGCUUGUGCUAAUUAGAAAGAACGACGAACUCAGGGAACAAAACAUGGAUAUGUCUCAUAUUAUAUCUGAUUUGAAAAUGGCAAACAAGAAUCUGGAAAGCGAAAAGAGCAGCCUGUUGACAGCUCUUAAAUUAAUACAAAAUGACCACCAACAAACGUGCACGAAAACAAUUGUGGAAAAUGACGGCGAGAAUAAUGUGGAAUUGGUUUGCGAAACAAUAGAGGGAAGUGAAGUCAGUCAACCAAAACCUUCAUCUAAUCAGCCCGCAAACGAUAAGCAUCUUAACACCGAAAGCUAGUACUGGGAAAAAUCGUAAAAAGAAGGGAAAGAAAUCUAAGUCCAAACCUCCAACACAAAAUUCCAGCCAACAAACUGCGGAUGUAGAUACUUCUGGUGGUAUUGUGAACACAUCUAGUUCUAAAUCAACAGGGCAAGGCAAGAAAACAGUUGUUAUUACAGGGGACUCAAUUGUUAAAAAUACUAUUGGUCCGAAAAUGAGUGCUGACGAUCCUAAUCACCAUUUUAUUGUAAAGCCGUUCCCUGGAGCAACAGUCUCAAAUAUGGAGGAUUUUGUCAAGCCAUUGACAAGAAGGACACCGGACAAGAUGAUCUUACACGUCGGAACAAAUGACCUGAGAAGUCCUUCUACGCCGAAAAUAAUAGCAGACUCCAUUGUCAACAUUGUAACACAAAUAAAAGAAGAUUCACCAGGUACAGCCGUUGGCAUUUCAGCUAUUCUGGUAAGAAAUGACAAUAAUGACCUAGCUGCUAAAGCUAUUCAAACUAAUAAUAUUCUUAAAAGCUAUUGUAGUCGCAAUAGAAUCCCCUUUUUAAGUAAUUCAAAUAUGAAUGCAAGCCACUUAAAUAUGAGGGGUCUUCAUUUAAAUAGACAAGGUAGUUUAGCUUUACAACAAAACUUACUAGGUUUUGCAAAAACUAUUUCAGAUUGACUUUAUCCUACUCAGUCCGUUAUUCCUACCUCGCGCGGGUUUAAGCUCGCGGCACUUAAUGUGAGAAGCCUAGUAAAUCAUUGAUGAGCUGCGAGUUUUGCUUGCUACUAGCCCGAUCGAUGUCCUAACAAUAAAUGAGACAUGGCUUAAUUCUACAAUAAGCGAUAACGAUGUAUAUAUACCUGGAUACGAAAUCAUACGUCGUGACAGGGCAUUUAGAAGUGCAGAUGGAAAAACGUAUGGAGGUGUUUGUUUUUAUGUACGCUCCAGCGUAAAUUUCAUACAGCGUAAAGACAUGUCUAUUGAUAAUUUAGAAAAUCUAUGUAUUCAAAUUCAAAAACCAAAUUCUAAGCCAUUUCUGGUUGCGACAUGGUACAGGCCACCAAAUUCGAAUGUUGAUAAAUUUAAUUAUUUUGAGACAUUUAUUGACAUGCUUGAUGCUGAAAAUGUCGAGCACUAUUUAUUGGGUGACCUAAAUUGUGAUCUCGGGUCGCCUGAUUUAGAGAGUAAUUCGAGAUCAUUAAUAGGCAUCACUGAGCUCUAUGGUUUACAUCAAUUGAUAAGUGAACCGACUCGAAUUACUGAAACUUCCUCAACUAUGAUUGAUCAUAUAUUCACCAAUACACCAGAUAAAAUUGUUUGCUCCGGUGUUUCUCAUGUCGGCAUUAGUGAUCACAGCUUAAUUUAUGCAUUCCGUAAGCUUUCAACCGGUCUACACAAUAAAGGCCAUUCUACAGUAAAUUAUCGAAAAUUUAAAAAUUUUAACUCUGAAAGUUUUCGAAGUGAUAUUUUUUCACAGAAUUGGGACGUCAUAAGGGCUAUAAUAAUCCGAAUGAUAUGUGGCGUGUGUGGAAAACGACCUUUAAUAACGUAGUGGAAAUGCAUGCUCCUUUACGGACAAGGCGGGUAAGACUUUCUAAGUCGCCCUGGAUCACGCCUGAGUUAAAAAGACAUAUGCAUGAAAGAGAUAUUUUAAAAAUCAAGGCUAUUCGAUCUAAAAAUAUUUAUGACUGGGCUGCUUUUAAGAAAGCUCGCAACUCUGUGAACAAUGAAAUUAAAUUUGCGAAGAAAGCCCAUUAUAUGAAUGCUUUUUAUGAAAACGAGAGUAAUGUGAAAAAAACUUGGGGUAUUAUUAAUGAAUUAACCUCAAGAAAACAAAAUAAUUCACAUGUAAAAGAGAUUAAACUAAAUGGUUCUUCAGUUAGUGACCCCCCGGGGUUAUCGGAGACGUUUAACACUCAUUUUGCUAGCAUUGGACCUAAGCUUAUGGAGAAGAUACCUUGUGAUGAAAAUAACUGCUCAUAUUUAGAAUAUCUCAAUUGCCAUAUUAGUGGUAAUACUUUUGAGUUGAAGUCGACAACUUCAUCAAUGGUUUGUUCACUUUUGGACAAACUCUGUAAAUCUAAAGCAACUGGCCUAGAUAAAAUAUCUGCUAAGCUUCUUCGCUACUGUCCUGACCUACUGUCGGAAUCCCUUACCGUAAUUUUCAACUGCUCUAUUAAUACCGGUAUCUUUCCUGAUGAAUGGAAAUGCUCAAAAGUCAUUCCAUUAUUUAAACACGGUGAGCGUAGGGACUUGAAUAAUUAUCGCCCAAUUUCGAUAAUCCCUGUUGUAGCGGUUUUGCAGGCGAAUUUAGCGAAUGAAUCAUAA